UAUUUUUUGUUGUUCUUCUUCUUCUUUAAUAUGGUUCAAACACGCUCUGCUGCAAAUAAACAAGAUACAGACACAGACAUAAAUGAAAACUCACCUCCGCCUAAUCGUGCUGCUCGUCGUGCUGCUCAAAAGAAAGAGCAAAAAGAGAUCAAGAUGCAAAAGAUCACAAAGACAACAAAGACAACACGUACCAGAAAAGUAACAAGAACACAUCACCCUGUUCUGUUGAAUCCUAUCACCACUCACUAUGAAUUUGGUGGCGUGUUGGGUGCUUUAGCCAUGAUCGUAUGUUUGCCUACGCUUGUACUGAUGUUCGCGUAUGGAUCAGAUCCUACGUUUGGUUAUCAUCCAUUUCAACGUACAUUUGAGUUUGCCAAGCAGAUGGAUAUACAAACCAUUCAACAUACGCUCCAACAAUGGCAUUAUGGUGCUGCUAUUUGGUAUCUUGGGUUUGUGUUACAAUUGGUGGUGUAUUCGAUCGCCAUGCCUGGUGAAGAAGUAGAAGGUGUGCCAUUGCGUGAUGGUUCUCGACUGAAAUAUAAAAUUAACGCCAUGGCAACACUUCAAUCCCUUGUCAUGAUCGCGGUCAUGGCAUUGCGUGGACAAGGAUGGGCAUUGUUCUUAUGGACAAGAGCUCAUUUUGCAGACAUUGCUUUAGUCUCUGUUGUGUUUUCUUUUUUGGUGUCCAUCGCUGUCUAUGUCAGCAGUUUUUAUGGUCAUAAAAUGCUGGCUUUAGGAGGAAAUACAGGCAAUCCCAUCUAUGAUUUCAUGAUUGGUCGUGAAUUAAACCCUCGUGUGGGUCAAUUCGAUAUCAAGUUCUUUACUGAACUGAGACCUGGUUUAAUGAUGUGGCUCGCCCUCAACAUAUGUUUCGCUGUCUGUCAGUGGGUUGAAUUAGGCCGCAUCACGUACUCGAUGAUCUUGGUCAAUGUAUUCCAAGGCUGGUAUGUGAUUGACGCCUUGAUCAAUGAAUCCAGUAUCUUGACCACCAUGGACAUCACCACAGACGGAUUUGGAUUCAUGUUGGCCUUUGGUAAUUUGUGUUGGGUACCUAUGAUGUACAGUCUUCAGGCACGUUAUCUGUGUGAUUAUCCUGUUGACCUAAGCUGGCCUCAUCUGAGUGCGAUUGUGGCACUUCAAUGUGUGGGCUAUUAUAUCUUUCGAUCGGCUAAUACACAAAAAGAUGCUUUCCGAAAAAACCCUCAGGAUCCCAAACUGGCUGGCUUGUCUUAUUUAGAGACAGAGGCAGGAACACGUUUGAUCACGUCAGGAUGGUGGGGACAAGCGCGCCAUAUUAAUUAUUUGGGUGAUUGGCUGAUGUCGGUUGCUUGGUGCUUGCCUUGUGGAUUUGGGUCGAUAAUUCCUUACUUUUAUUGCAUUUAUUUUGCUGUGUUGUUGAUUCAUCGCGAGAGAAGAGAUGAACAAAAGUGCCGUCAAAAGUAUGGUAAAGAUUGGGAGCGUUAUUGUUCUAUCGUAAAGUAUCGUAUUGUUCCAGGCAUCUAUUAGAAUCAUAAUAAAGUUAAAUAAUUGAAUGUGCGC